AAGCUCAAUUGUAGCUGUAGGAACUACAGAAGUUACGUUCAGACUUGGAUAACAUUCUGGGACACUUUUCUAGGAGUUCAUUAGGCUAAAUUCUAUGCUGGAGUGAGUUGAAUAGCUUUACUGAAAGCAGCUGAGUUGUAUCAUUAGCAGCCAAGGGAGAGCUGAAGCCAGUGAAUAUAAUGGACCUUCCUUUCAUUUGGGUCAGGUGUGUCUUUGUGCACCCUAGACCUGGGAGUACAGCAAGCAAGCAAGCAGUGUGCAGCUAAGCAGAGUGUUGAGACCAGAACUGUGGGACAGUAAGACGAUCGCUACUUAGAUAAAGCAAGACUUCUCCUGUGGUUCUUCAAGGGGUGAUGGAAUUUCCCUGUAAUUGGAAAUGACAGCAGAUGUAACAUUACCAAGAUGGCUAAAACAAUCGUGUCGAAUGACUGUGGUGAACUCGCACAGGAUUAGAGAGGGGGAAAGCCUGAGUGAAGGAGAAGAAUGGAAGUGGUUUCUCUUAUCCCGGAAGAACGACCAAGGAAGAAAGAAACUGAAUUCACUGAGAAGCUUCUGAUUUGGAAAAGAAGCAAUAUAUAUUGGGGAUAGUCAGUGGAGAGAAGAAGCUAAUGUGGGAACCUCAGAAGGCUCUAACUGAAGUCCAAAGGGUAUUAGGAGACCACACUGUCGGAGUGUGGUGAGAACCCACCACACCACAGCCUCAUGAGAGUUGUUUCUGAGAGAUUUUUUUGCCACGUUUGUAUCAUGUUUGUGUUUUCCUUUGGGAAUCAACACAGAACUGUAGCUGACGGGAAGAUUUUUGGAGUGCGUUCAUGGAGUUCAUUGAUUUCUGCUUUUGCAAGUGAUACUUGGCUUUCAAAUCAGACUCUGAAAUACUAGCCCAAGAGUCUAUUACGGAUUCCUGAUAUCAUUAAGAGAUAUCUUCUCUGUGAUGCACUGACGUUUAUUUUGUAAGAAGUUAGAGGUCUGACUGAGUUGUGCCUGCACAGAUUCCUGUGCAACACUAAGCACUUGCUGCACGUUGCAUCGUCAGAAGAGGAGUCUCAGGGAUUCACGCACUUGGACUUCAUUGAAUCAGGCUGCAUCUGCCAAACAUUCUAGUCUGCAUUUUGGUUAGCUGGAGAUCAACUAGGAUUUUUCAGAUUUUAUCUUCUUUUGAAAAAAAGGAUGCAUGGCAUAGAAAGAAGAUCUAAGUGCCUGUCUGAGAUUAUUUUACUGAACCUGGGAUAAAUGUUACUUCUCAAAGGUACUGUUGCAUGAUUUACCAUGGAAAAAUUGCUCUGCAGCAUCCUGGUGUUUGGAAUGGCUAUCACAGUCAACGCUUGUCCCAAAUAUUGUGUCUGUCAGAACCUAUCUGAGUCACUGGGGACUUUGUGUCCCUCUAAGGGUCUCCUAUUUGUACCACUAGACAUUGACCGAAGGACUGUCGAACUCCGCCUUGGGGGAAAUUUUAUUAUCAAUAUCAGCCGACAGGAUUUUGCCAAUAUGUCUGGACUUGUUGACCUCACUUUGUCCAGAAACACCAUAAGUUACAUACAGCCCUACUCUUUCACUGACUUAGAGAGCCUUCGGUCUUUACACUUGGACAGCAACAGGCUGCCUGACAUUGGAGAGGAUAUUUUGAGAGGUUUAAUCAACCUUCAGCAUUUGAUUUUAAACAACAACCAGCUAAGCAGCAUCUCUGAUGAAGCCUUUGAAGAUUUCUUGCUGACAUUGGAAGACUUAGACCUUUCCUACAACAACCUCCGAAGCAUUCCCUGGGAAUCUAUAAGGAAGAUGAUAAACUUGCACCAGCUCAGUUUGGAUCAUAACCUGAUAGAUUAUAUUACAGAGGGGACGUUUGCAGAUCUUCAGAAAUUGGCUAGGUUGGAUCUAACAUCCAACAGACUUCAGAAGCUUCCCCCCGAUCCUAUAUUUGCCAGGUCUCAAGUAAUUCCAUUAGCCGCUACCCCGUUUUUGCCACCUUUGUCUCUCAGCUUUGGGGGCAAUCCACUGCACUGCAACUGCGAGCUAUUGUGGUUAAGGCGACUUGACAGAGACGAUGAUAUGGAAACUUGUGCUUCUCCUCCGGGUCUAAAGGGAAGAUACUUCUGGUACAUACGGGAAGAAGAAUUUCUUUGUGAGCCACCUCUUAUUACUCAACAUACUCACAAGUUGCUGGUUUUAGAAGGGCAAACUGCCACACUGAAAUGCAAAGCCAUUGGGGAUCCCAUCCCCGUCAUUCACUGGGUGGCCCCUGAUGACCGUCUCAUUGGGAAUUCCUCAAGGACAGCUGUCUAUGACAAUGGCACCUUAGAUAUCCUCAUCACCACGUCCAAGGAUUACGGGACUUUCACAUGCAUAGCAGCCAACGCUGCUGGAGAGUCAACUGCAACGAUUGAGCUCUCAAUUGUUCAACUCCCUCACCUCAGCAAUGGCACAAGCCGAGCAGCCCCACCAAAAUCCAGGCUCUCGGACAUCACCAGCUCCAGCAAGUCUAAUCGAGGGGAAACAAAAGGUCCACCAGAAAGGGCUGUCUUGGUGUCAGAUGUGACAACUACCUCAGCUUUGGUCAAGUGGACAGUGAGCAAGUCGGCCCCUCGGGUAAAAAUGUAUCAGCUGCAAUAUAAUUGCUCGGAUGAUGAAGUCCUGAUCUACAGGAUGAUUCCUGCUACAAACAAAGCCUUUGUGGUAAACAACCUUGUUUCUGGGACAGGCUAUGACCUCUGUGUCCUGGCAAUGUGGGAUGACACGGCUACGACCCUUACUGCCACCAACAUUGUGGGAUGUGCCCAGUUCUUCACCAAAGAGGACUACCCUCAGUGCCAGUCCAUGCACAGCCAGUUUCUGGGUGGGACCAUGAUUCUGAUCAUUGGAGGCAUCAUUGUGGCAACUUUAUUGGUGUUCAUCGUUAUACUCAUGGUCCGCUACAAGGUCUGCAACAAUGCCCAGGGGAAGAUGUCCAGCGUCAGCAACGUCUACUCACAGACAAAUGGAGCGCAACCAGUUCAGAAUGGAGUCCUGCCCCAAGUAAACCCCAAAGUGGUGGUGAGAAAUGAACUUAUGGAGUUUAACUGUGAGUCCGUGCGGAGCAGUAUCUCUUCUUCUUCCAGCUCCGUAAAUAGCCGCGACUGUGAUGACUAUAGCCUCCAAAGUGAACAGGGCACAUUGUCCAGUAAAUGGAGGCCCCCCUCCAGGUCAAAACACAAUAUUGACCGGCUAAUGGGAGCUUUCGCCUCCCUGGAACUGAAAUGUCAGAAAAAGGAGGACACGACAGACUCCAGAACUUCCACGGUGGCCCGCCACUCGGACAAAGAGCCGCUGCUGGGCCAGGCGGAGUCCAAAUUUCGCAGCCUCCUCACGUUGCCUCUGGAGGGCAAAACUAAACGUAGCCAUUCUUUUGACAUGGGGGACUUUGCCACAUCUCAGUGUUGCACCUACCCAAAAAAGAUAACAAACAUUUGGACAAAGAGGAGCCUCUCGGUGAACGGCAUGCUUUUGCAGUACGAUGACAAUGACCUGACAACAGGGGCAAAAGGGACUUACGGGAGCUCAGAAUGGGUAAUGGAAAGCACAGUGUAAAUAUUAGUGUCUCCCUCUCUCUUCUCACCUCAUGUGUGAUAAAGCAUGGUUUGCUGCAGGGCCAUGCAUUUGGAAAGAGAGGGGUGGGAACGUUCUCAGUCAUAAUGGCCAAAAAGAUAGGUAAAUAAAUAAGUAAUGGGAAUAAAGAGGAAGAAAGUCGUGAAAUGUGAAUAGGCACGUAUGGCACCUUUCAUGUCUGGCCCCAACUAAACCAUACGUGAAUGUUACAAGGAAUUUACUAGUUGUAUUUAGCAUUGCGUUCCAAAAAUUUCUCAGCCUCUUGGUGAAGGAGCAAACGGGAUUAAACAAGGAAGAUAAAAAGGGGUUUAACAGUACAAAAUUAAUUUUGAAGAGUCUGGAGUUUUUUCCAUCCUCUUCCUUUUCUUUUAACCUCAAAAAUACACCUCUGUGGAUAUAAGACUGGUGCUAGGAUAUCUCUGGCUGUUAAUGCAAGUGGCAUUCUCAAAAGGGCAGACAGGGCAUCCAGAGGGAUAGAUCAGGGGAAACAUUCAGUCUGAUAUCGUGGUGUUAACAGUGACAGCUGAGAAAAUAAUACCUGUUGUUGAGUGGGGUUUUGGCUGAGAUUUGAUGACUUCUUGUUUUGUUUGCCACUACUCAUUUGGGGUUGUUUUUUUCCCCACAACAGAAAGCAUAUUUCCAUGAGCUUUUUGUUUUGUUUUGUUUUGUUUUCAGUCUCUCAUCAGUCCCCUUGAUGAAAAGGAAGAUAUGUACAAAGGUCAAAUUUCUGAUGUGCUGUAUAACCCACCUCCAACACAACCCCUUGGUAUCCCAGGAAAAAUGAAAUCUAGGGGCUAAUAAAUUUAAAAAAAAAAAACCUCUUUUUUCCAUCUUUUUCAUAGUCUCUGCUUGUCAAUGCACAAGGCAGAUUGCAGCAGCUAUCGAUAGCUGUAGGAGUUUAGCUAUCAAAGAUAUGAAAAACAGUAAUCAAGAUUUCAUAUCUAAAAAAAAGAAAGAGAAAACAAAAGUGGCUCCCAUGAACUCUCAGCAUUACGAGUAGCAAUUGCUUCUGGCAAAGGUGGGGCUGUUGCUUUCUGUUCAACAGACAAAGAAACAAAUAAAACACACUUUCACUCUAUCCUGACCCGAGCUCUUUUGUACGGUAGCCACAACAGGAGUUGACUGUAUCAGCAGAAUCACAAGAAACGCUAGUUUUGUGCAUACUCGGGGGACUGAGUAUGUUCCCAAUCAGCCAUGGGAAAUUAGUUUAAUUUGGAUGUCUCAGAACAUAGGGUCUCCCUUUUGUCCCCUGCAUUACAGCCUGCUGCUCUUCAGUUCCCUGUAUACUCCUAAGCCUCUGUCCCUCACCCUCACUAAGGUACUUGCUAACUAAGAACAGGAGCUCUUUAGGGUUUGCAGACUGAUUCUCUGAUUCCUUUUGGGAGAGCAUUGCUGCAGUUUUGGGAAUGCACAAGGCCCGCUCAACUGAUUUCAUUGUCCUCUGUGACUUUACUGUGAUUUCCAACAUUCUGGUGGCUACUGCAACUAUCCUUACUUUGUUUAUUUAUUUGCUCGCUCCCAACAGUCAGCUGCUGGGAACCAUUCUGAAAUUGCACAUUAUUCCUAUGAUUUUGUAAAAGAUGUGGAGAAAGGGUGCAAGGCACAGAGAAAAUAACAUGUGAAAAACUCUAUGUAUAUUUUUUUUUAAAGGCGCAGAGAUAUGUUGUGACAUGGCUGUGUACUUGAUCUUGUAUUUGUCAUGUUUCCUACUUGGAGUUUUAGAAAGUUACAUCCCUGUGAUCAGAAUAUUUUUCCUUUAUUUUCUUUUUUUUGCUACAAAAUGUACAGUAAAGACAUUCUUGGGGAAAAAGAAAACCACCUGCUUUUCCUUUAUUUGCUGUUCUUUGGUCUGCUUUGAAACCUAAAUAAGGAGCAGUAAUUGUUUAAAAAAUGAUCAUGAAAAGUUAUAUGCUUACUUUCUCUUUUCCUCAAACUAUCAUUAUCUUCAGGAUUUUAGGGAUACAGUAGGAAUCAAAUAAUACAACUCUUUGGAAUGCAUGAGAAAAGAUCUUGCAACAUAUCAUCUCUUUUUUUUAAUAGCUAUAUUUAUACAUAGCUGUAUCACUAAUGUGUUUUAACAGUGAUCCAAGCCCAGAUCUGAAAUCUGCUGAAAUAAAAGAAAACUUUUUUUACUGACAUUGUAGGUUUUUCGUUUACAGCCAAUGUUUAUAUAUUCGGAAGAGUUCCAGGCAAACUUUACAACGUCUAUCUUUGAAAGUCUCUGGUUUUCUCAUGCUUUUCAGGAGGAAUGACACAUUUAGUGCCAGAAUAUACAUCACCCAACUGUCCAGAUGGCAGCUUCUUAUUAACUAUCAAUGACACGUACAUUUGCAUUAUACUGAAGACUCUUAAAGAAGUUCUUGUAAUGAGUUUUUUUUCCUUAUUAUGCUGCGGUAUGGUUGGAAUAUUUUUUAUUAUGCUUCUGCUUCCCUUUGAACAUGACAUCUGGGUUGUUUUUAAUUUAGCUGUUGAGCUCAUCAUCAACAUUAGUAGCAUAUGCAGCCAUGAAUUUUCAGAAACAAAAUCCAGUACCAUCUUCUUUCUAAAAAAAGAAAAACAUUUCUUUCACUUUCUCAUACAAGAUUACUCAUAUAAGAUUACACAUAAGUCAACAGAUGUUUUAAAGUGAUGGUAGUUGUCAAAGGACCCAGGUAAGAAAGUCCACAAUCUAACAAACAGCUGCAUUUAUAACUGUUAAUCAUUAUUUCAAUUCAUCUAGCUUUAAUGAAUGAGGCUCAAUCCACAUCAGCAAAUCUGCAAGUAGCGAACAAAAUGAAACCUACACCCAGCAAAUACCUUCCAUGCUCACAGCACUUGGGAGGAUGAGGACUGAAGGACUCCUUCGGGAGGCCAGGAGCAGCAAGAUGCAUCAGAAAGUGACCAAAGUCCCUCCAGGCAGCCCUGAGCUAAUGCUCCAGCAUGCCAGCUCAGCACAGGGCUCCCAGGCUAGCAGAGACCUUCAGCUUUCCUCCAGCAGUUUGGGCUCUGCCCCAUCCCUCUUUUUCACAGGGGCAGAUGCCCCAUGGUGCUCAAGGGGUGGGUUUGGAAGGACCCUACCUUACAGACUCCCAACCUUUAAAAAAAAAUGCAGACCAUGGCAAAUGCCCCUAUGGGCAUAGGCCUGGGAGAUGACUGGAGCUAGCCAGGGGGCCUGAGACAACAGUAUCUGGAGCACCUGCUAUCUCCUAGCCAUCCUUUCAGCUCCUAUCUACCACUGCCCUAUAAGCCAAACAGACCUCUGCACUGCUGUAGGCAGCGCUGCCUUUUGGGUCAAACCUGGUAUCAAAACCCUAAUUGCUAACACAUGAGUACAAUCCCGUGGUCCUUUUCCAAAUGCCCAGUCGUGACUAAGCUCUACUCUGCCUAUAUUCUGCUGUAGUUUUCAUGUGUGCACCUCAUUCAGCAUCUCUGUAUUUGACUAUUUUCGUAUAGUGCUGCUACACGGAAUG